AUGCGGUGUCAAGUCCAUGUUGGUCUUCAGACUGAAAACUAUUCUUUUGACUCCAACUAUGUGAACAGCAGAGCCCAUUUAAUCAAAAGCAGCUCCACCUUCAAGGACUUAGAAGGAAACAGCCUGAAGGAUAGUGGACAUGAGGAGAGUGACCAGACUGACAGUGAGCAUGAUGUCCAGCGGAGCCUGUAUUGUGAUACUGCUGUCAACGAUGUGCUGAACACCAGUGUGACCUCCAUGGGAUCUCAGAUGCCUGACCAUGAUCAGAAUGAAGGAUUUCAUUGCAGGGAAGAAUGCCGGAUUCUUGGCCACUCUGACAGAUGCUGGAUGCCCCGGAACCCCAUGCCCACCCGCUCUAAGUCCCCUGAGCAUGUGAGGAACAUCAUUGCGCUGUCUAUUGAAGCCACUGCUGCUGAUGUUGAGGCUUAUGACAACUGCGGCCCCACCAAGCGGACUUUUGCAACCUUUGGAAAAGAUGUCAGUGACCACCUGGCUGAGGAGAGGCCCACCCUGAAAGGCAAGAGGACUGUCGAUGUGACCAUCUGCAGCCCCAAGGUCAACGGCAUUAUCCGGGAGGCAGGCAAUGGCUGUGAGGCUAUUAGUCCAGUCACCUCCCCCCUCCACCUGAAGAGCCCUCUGCCCACCAAGCCUUCCAUGUCUUACACCGUUGCCCUGGCUCCCCCAGCUCGCAAUCUGGAGCAGUACAUCAAUAAUGUCAACAGUGGCCCGUCUCGUCCCUCUGAAGCUGAGCCCCGCGGAGCUGACAGCGAGAAAGUCAUGCAUGAGGUCAACCCUAUUCUGAAGGAGGGUCGCGACAAAGAGUCCCCUGGCAUGAAGCGUCUGAAGGAUAUCGUUCUCUAAACAAGUUUCAGGAAAGAAGAGCAAGAAACCAUGCUGGCUAGCACAGAAGCAAGAGCUGAAUGUUUAAUUGGUCACCAAUGGUUGGUUCUUAAGUUGCUGUAUUUCAGAGCUUUCCCUAAAUGUAUUGUUUAUAAAUGACUAUCAUUCUGUGACAAUCCCUCUUGUUUCAACAGGCAGCAGGGGUGUUCAGUUAGAGCAAAUUAGCUUUGGCUUGAGUUGUUCAUGGGGCCUUGAUGUUGGGGAAACAGAGACAAAUUCAGUUGUGAAAAGUAUUACGUAUUAAGUGUUUGAAUUUAUAUAUUUUUCUAUGUCAAAAUUAUAAUAUAAAUUACCAUUGUGGAGGAUUACAUUUAAAAAAA